AUGCCUUUGAAAGAUCUUUUGAAGAAAAAGGAUAAAGUUAGAGAGGAGGGUCCUAUACAAUCUGCCCCGACGAGGCCAACAUUAUCCCCGGACGUUCCAGAGUUCACGUUUAUGCGUACGACCACCACGACCCAAGAAGUCAUCACACCCCCUAGUUUCCCGGGCGACCCCACACGAGACCAGCCCUUGUUAUCUCCAGAACCUCAGAAGAGACUGGGAAGAUUUAGAAGGCAUAGCAAUGCCUCCUCGCAGGGCAAUUCUGGCAGCGAAGACAACCGGGCUAAAGGGGAACACAGGCUUUCAGAACGGCUACAUCUCGGUCGCGCGAGGUCUUCGAGCUCGGUGAAUGUUCCUGAGAAUCUUCCAGAUUUGGGAGAUGGCGUUGCGAGGACCGAGGACGACGAGGCGAAAUGGGAGAAGAGGGCGACACUACUCGCGAAAGGGAAUAGCUUAAAUAAGAGUGGCAGUACAACGCCAAAUUAUGAGACGAGCAAUCCUAUAGAAGGAAACGGUAGAAGAAGCAGGAGCGUUAGCGUGAGCAAUGUUGUUGGUGACGAUAACAUUCAGGAAGCGAUCCGGCUGCAUGAAUCUGGCAAUCUAGAGGCUUCAACAGCUAUGUUUGGGAAAUUGGCCGAUCCGAAUGGCCCGAACAACGCUUUGAGUCAGGUCCUGUAUGGUCUUGCUCUCCGACACGGCUGGGGCUGCGAACCAAAUGUCGAGUUAGCCAUUACGUACCUAUCAUAUGCCGCCUCCAACAGCGCAGAAGUCGAGUCACUCGCACUUGGGGCCGGCAUGAAGAAAGGUGGAGCAGCCAAAGGGGAGCUAGUUCUUGCAAUGUACGAGCUGGCGAACUGCUUCCGGAAUGGUUGGGGCAUCAAGAAGGACGCUGUGGCCGCAAAGCAGUACUACGAAACGGCAGCCAAUCUGGGCGACACUGACGCUAUGAAUGAGGUUGCGUGGUGCUACCUGGAAGGAUUUGGGUGUAAAAAGGAUAAGGUUAGUCAACCAUUUCUUCACGUGUUGCUAUAUUUCCAUUUUGACAGCAGAAUCCUCCACAGCCUCAUCUCUUGGGCAUCAAUGUUUUUAACGCGGCUGACGAUGGAAUGCUACGCCUCACAGUUCAAAGCGGCUCAGUUCCUACGCCUCGCUGAGGAGAAGGGGAGUAAGACAUUAGGCAAUACAUGGUAA